AUGGCGGGGCAGCCGCCGCAGGGCCCGGAGGACGACUUCCUCGACCAGUUCUUCUCCCUCACCAACUCCCUCUCCGCCGCCGGCCGCCCCUCCGGCGACCAGCCCUUCUCCCUCGCCCUCAGCCUCGACGCCGCCUCGGACGCCUCCGGCAGCAGGGGGGGCAUCGGCGACGACGCCGGCAACCCCGCGGUGAGCGAGCGGGACGGCGUGCAGCUCCCCGGCCUCUUCCCGCCGGUGUUCGGCGGUGGCCUCCAGCCGCCGCACCUUCGCCCCAGCCACCCUCCCCCACAGAUGUUCCACGCGCAGCAGCCGAAGCAGGGCGGGCCGGCCGGAGGGCCGCAGCCGCCGGCGCCGAGGCCCAAGGUGCGAGCGCGCCGCGGUCAGGCGACCGAUCCCCACAGCAUCGCAGAGAGGCUAAGAAGAGAGAGGAUAGCGGAAAGGAUGAGGGCCCUACAGGAAUUGGUCCCCAAUACAAACAAGACAGAUAGGGCAGUUAUGCUAGAUGAGAUCCUGGAUUAUGUGAAGUUCCUUAGGCUUCAAGUAAAGGUGUUAAGCAUGAGCAGAUUGGGUGGUGCUGGUGCUGUUGCACAGCUGGUUUCUGACAUUCCACUUUCAGUUAAGGGGGAAGCAAGCGAUGGUGGGAGCAAACAGCAGAUAUGGGAAAAGUGGUCAACGGAUGGCACAGAAAAACAGGUUGCGAAGCUGAUGGACGAGGACAUCGGUGCCGCAAUGCAAUUUCUCCAAUCCAAGGCUCUCUGCAUGAUGCCAGUCUCUCUUGCCAUGGCUAUCUAUGACACACAACAUUCACAGGACGGCCAGCCGGUGAAGCCUGAACCCAACAACACUGCCUAG